CCAUUUACCCAGCAGGUCAGUUGGGUCUUGACUUCUCAAGCAGCGCCACCACACCACAUAAGUCAAACCAGCAGCCAUGAGCAAGUCCUACUCCUCCUCGGCCCAGACGGCCUCUUCAUACCGUCGCACCUUUGGUUCAGGUGUCAGUUCAUCCCCGAUGUCUUCCCUCUUCGGCACCCAUGGAGGAGGUCGCAGCGCCACAAGUCAUACCACUCGAGUGUAUGAGGUGAAGAGUGGUAGUCCUUCCUAUUCCAGCUUCAGGAUGUCCUCCGGGGGCGCUGGGCUCGGCUCCUCCACAGCCAUGCGCACCUACGGCGAAAAACUUGACUUCAACCUGGCCGAUGCCAUGAAUCAGGACUUCCUCAACACAAGGACCAACGAGAAGGCCGAGCUUCAGCAUCUCAAUGACCGCUUCGCCAGCUACAUUGAGAAGGUCCGUUUCCUGGAGCAGCAGAACGCCGCUCUGACGGUUGAGAUCGAGACGCUCAAGGGUCGCGAGGGCCCAGGCCGUGUGGCUGAGAUGUACGAAGAUGAAAUGAGGGAGCUGAGGAGGCAAAUUGAAGCGCUGUCCAACCAGCGUGCCCGUGUGGAGGUGGAGAGAGACAACUUGGCUGAUGACCUUCAGAAACUGAAGCUCAGACUACAGGAGGAGGUUCACCAGAAGGAAGAAGCGGAGAACAAUCUGUCUGCCUUUAGAGCUGAUGUGGACAACGCCACUCUGGCCAGGCUGGACCUGGAGAGGCGCAUCGAGAGUCUGCAAGAGGAGAUUGCCUUCCUCAAGAAGAUCCAUGAAGAGGAGAUCCGUGAGCUGCAGAGCCAGAUGCAGGACACUCAGGUGCAGAUCCAAAUGGACAUGUCGAAACCCGACCUGACCGCAGCUCUGAGGGACAUCCGCACGCAGUAUGAAGCGAUCGCUGCCAAGAACAUCUCAGAGGCCGAGGACUGGUACAAGUCUAAGGUCUCAGAUCUGAACCAGGCUGUAAGUAAGAACAAUGAUGCCCUGCGCUCUGCCAAACAAGAAACCAUGGAGUACAGACACCAGAUCCAGUCCUAUACCUGCGAGAUUGACUCACUCAAGGGCACCAAUGAGUCUCUGCUGCGUCAGAUGAGAGAAAUUGAGGACCGCAUGUCUCGCGAGGCUUCUGGUUACCAGGACACUAUCGUACGUCUCGAGGAGGACAUUGCCAAGAUGAAGGAUGAUAUGGCCCGUCACCUGAGGGAGUACCAGGACCUGCUGAAUGUUAAAAUGGCUCUGGAUAUUGAGAUCGCCACCUACCGCAAGCUGCUGGAGGGAGAGGAGAGCAGGAUCACCACCACUAUGCCUGUCCAAUCUGCCUACUCCUCUAUUGGAUUCAGAGAGACCAGUCCCGAGUCUCAGCCUCAGCGUUCCUCUGAGAUGCACUCAAAGAAGACCGUUCUCAUCAAGACCAUCGAGACCCGCGAUGGAGAGGUUGUCAGCGAGUCCACACAGCACCAGCAAGACAUCAUGUGAACAAGGAGGUGAUGACAACAACAAAAAAACAAAACAAAAAAAAAGGAAUAAAAAUAGAAAAUAUAGGCAUCUUCCCACUGUAGUGUAAUGGUUUAUGACAAAGCUUGUAAGCCACAAGGCAUCAAACAUGGUCAGAGUGAACUGUGACGGCACAUUUUCCACGUUUUGCUUGUGCAAAUAUUGUCCGACUGGAAAGAGAAUGGCUUGUAUUGGUGUGUUCGCGGCUGGAGAAAAAGUGGGAAGAUGGUUGUUCAAAAAUGUCAAGAAACAUUUUGUGAAAAAGGAACUAAUUCAUGUGUGACAUUAUGAUCUUGCGUGUGAUUGUGUGCGCAUGGGCGACCAUGUGGAGCUGCUUCACUCUGACUAAAAUCUCAAAAUAAAGACAU